AUGGCGGGGCCCCUUCGAAUGCGGAUCGAGAUCGAUGGGCUGCCGGAGGGGUUUGCGAAGACGUACGCGUUCUCGAUCCCGGCUGAGAUCCGCGUCCGGCCGCGCCCCGCGGAGCCCACGCCCGCAGCCGCAGCGGGCUCAGCGGGCGCGUCGCCGGCGGGCGCGUCGGCGGACGCGUCGGCGGGCGGGCAAGCCGCAGCGCGUGUCCAGCCGCGCCCGGCGGAGCCCACGCCAGCAGCCGCAGCGGGCUCAGCGGGCGCGUCGCCGGCGGGCGCGUCGGUGGACGCGUCGGCGGGCGGCCAAGCCGCAGGGCGUGAUGAAGAAGACCAUCCGAUCGCCAGGAAGCGCCCUCGCCGAGACUCCUCGCCUACGCCUACGCCGCUUCUGCCGGUCGAGGGCAUCGACCUGACGACCGACGACGUCACCCCGGUGGACACGCCGCCCAAGGAGGCCAAGAUCACGCUGUCCGAGGACGUGCACGUCGCCGCGCUGCCCGACACGCAGAUCGCCGAGCUGCCUGGGAGUGCGCAUGUCGACGCGCUGCCCCACACGCAGGUCGCCGAGCUGCCUGGGAGUACGCAUGUCGCCGCGCUGCCCAAGCGCGUGCAGGUCGCCGCGCUGCCCAAGCACACGCAGGUCGCCCCGCUGCCCAAGAGUACGCAGGUCGCCGCACCGCCCGAGAGGGUACCCGCACCGCCUGAGAGCGCGCCGGUCGCCGAGCUGCCCGACACGCAGUUUGACCAGAUUGACGAGCUGCCCGAGAGUGCGAUCGGCUGCGCGCUGCCCGAGAAUAGGCAGGCCAACGUCGCCUCCGCACUGACAUUGCCCGUGGAGCUCGUGGUUUUGCUGGAGAGUCUGGUCUUCAUUCGCGCGCCCAAUGUGCUAGUGCGGGCAGUGCGCAGCAUCUUCGUGCGGGCGCAAGUCAGUAAAGCGUACAGUCGGCAAGGCUUCAAUGUCGCUUCUUUCGAGAUCGACGACAACCCUAUGCACGACUUCAUCGGCCCGCGAGGGUUCAUGAUGAUUCUGUUGCUGUGCCUCCAGAUCUCAGCGGGAGGGGGAUUCCUGGCGGCGCCUGUGUGCUCCACGUGGAUUUGGCUCAACAGGGGGACGAGCCAGCGAUCGCCAGGGCUGCCCUUGGGAAUUGCAAACGUUCCAACGGUCGUGCAAGCAAACGAGCAGGUGUCGAAUCUCACGCUCGUGUGCUUCUUGCUGAGUGCGUUGGGGAUCUUCUGGUGCGUGGAGCAGGACCGAAUGUUUUGUGAUUUGUAA